AAAUUUCUUACAAUCUGUAUAGGAUGGUGAACAAACGUGGUUGUAUACGAUCUGAUGAGAAUUGUGUAGUCGUUUGUUCAAAUGUCUGUGUGUUGGCGUCCAUGCGGCUUUCCGUGUGUAAAGCCUGGUUUACAAUAUGACGCUGACGACGCUCGCGACGCUCGCGGGGACGCUCGCGAAGACGCUCAGGCGGGCGUCAUAUUGUAAACAUUCGCACGUCGCGUCAUGAGCGUCGUCAGCGUCGUCAGCGUCCGUGAGCGUCGUUGACGCUCAAGUUGAGACAAGUUCAACUCCAGCGUCCAAACCGGAAGUGGUCCAGCGUCUACUGGAAGCACGUGAUUCUUGUCGACAAAUCAGCUAUCAAAUCCGGGAGUGAUAUCCCUGAGUGAACUAUGGAAGAGAAGCUUAUCGAAAGUGUACGUAAGUACGGCUGCCUGUGGCAAGUAAAGUCCAGGGAGUAUAAAGACCUGCGUCUGAAGGAGAACUCUUGGAAAGAGGUCUCGGAAGAAACUGGGCUCCCAGCGGCAGACUGCCAGAAAGUAUGGAAACGUCUUCGCGACAAGUUCGUGAGGGAAAAGAAGAAAACUAAAUCAAUGCGUUCUGGAGACUCGGGACCUCCCUACAGCUCAUUGUGGGAGUACUUUGAGGUUCUCAGCUUCCUCCUGGACACCAUAAAACAUCGCCAAACAGUUACCAACUUUAGUGCCCCCCUAGAUGAUGGUUGCGUUCAUGAUGAUGAUGAGGAGGACAAUGAUGAUGAUAGUGAGAGCAUUGUAGCAGUAGACCAGUUUGAACACAACCAAUCAAUGACAACACGUCAGUCUACUCCGUCACCAUCAGUGCCAUUAUCUGGAGGAGUAGUGCAAACACCUAUGGGAGAAAUUCGUUCCAACAGAGGCAAGGGCAAAAAGAGGAAGGUGGAUGCUGAAGCUGUUGAUUUAGCUAUGCUUCAGUUGAUCAACGACCAGAAGAGCAAUCCUACUGAGCCAUCGCUAGAUGAAGAAGGGCUAUUUGGAUUACACAUUGCAGCCAAACUAAGACAGUUGUCCGACCGUGAGAAAGCAAUUGCGGAGAUUAAAAUCGAAGAAAUACUAUUGGAGGCAAAAUUUGGCUACCAAUACCAGCAAAGCAGCCACCAAUACCAGCAUUGAGCAACCACGCAUAUCUGGGCUCUCUUCGUUUAACCAGAUGUUUGAAUUGAAGCAUCUGUAUGGUCCUUUAACCGGCUUUUUUAAAAGCCACAAAAUCAUCAAAGAGAGCUGAUCUAAAGACUGAAGUCUACAUUACCUAGAAGUACAUACACACACACACACACACACACACACACACACACACACACACACACACACACACACACACACACACACACACACACACAGAGGGAGAAAGAGAGAAACAGACACAAAAGCAGAGAGUUGUAUUUUCAACUGAUGCUUGUUCACCCUUCUUAUUAGGUAAAUGGUGCAUUAAUUCAAUCAGAUGCAGGGUGGGCACAUUGAUGUGAUAGGGAACUGAACAUACAGUACAGGUUUCGAUAAUACCAGCAAAAUAGCUGGUGAAAGCCCCAAAACACAUAUCAUGGCUAGUAUUCUGUACGAUGGAUGUGGUGGUACUGCCAUGUCACCUCUCCUUCAGAGGACAUAAAGUAGUCGCGAAUAGUGUCCCUACAUGUAGCUGCAGAUCUACUAUACAUAUUGCUUCCUACAGAGCCUAUCCUGCUCAAUCCAU